AUGAGUGAAAUUAGACCAAGAACAUCUAGAAUUUUGACAGCAGCAGACAUUAGUCUCCCAGAAUUAAUAUUAACCUCGAAAAAGAGAGAAGAAAAUCAAAAUCAAGACUUUGUAACUGAAUCAGACGUUGACUUAGUAGUGAAAAGUUCAGAACUUGUGCCUCCGACAGAACACAUAUUAGCCGAUUCCGAUAUAGAAAAUUCUGAACCUAAUAAAGAACGCGAUAACAUAUACAAACCAGAAACUGAUAGUGAUUCAGGCGCAAGUAAGGAUCAUACGAAUCACAAUUUAACCAGGAAGGAAACCAGGAAACCAACUGUAACUGACAUUAGGGACCUGCAAUAUGGCAAGGAAGGUAUAAUGUAUAAGAUACGUCAUACUGAAGAAUGGCAACCACUACCGUUCAUAAGAGUACCUAGAGAUAUGCCGAUAUGGAAGUAUAAUGAGCAUCCAAUGAUGUAUUCAACUCGGAUACCAAUAAAAGCUGAAAAAUAUCAACAUCUUAUGGCUCUCAAGACUUCUAUUGAAAAAUAUUACCACCCAUUUUAUGACGCUUUAACGCAUUUAUAG